AUGACAUUGUUGGGCAUCAUAGUAACCGAAAAAAUAAAGGGAAAUCCUAUUGUUAUAUGCGAUAUAGAUACAGCUACUAAACAAUGGAAGAAUGAAUUUAUCAGAUAGACAACAGUUAAACCAGAUAGAAUUAAAAUUUAUACUGGUAAAACUAAGAAUUUGCAAGAAAAGCAAACGAAACCUUUUAUACUGAUUACUACAUUUAAGCAACUCUCUAGUAUUAUCAAAUCAAAUAAACUUCAAAAAGAAAAGAGAUAAGAUAUGGAUACGUCAUCCAAAUAUGAAACCAAAUUGGAUUAUUACAUUUAAGAAGAAAUGGAAUGGGAUUUGUACAUAGCUGAUGAAACCCAAUACUCAGCUGCUUCUACAUAUAAAAAAAUAUUCGAGGAAUUCAAUUUUAAAUUGAAGAUAGGAUUAACUGCAACUACAUACAGAGAAGAUAAUAAAAUAUAUGAUCUUUUCCACGUUAUUGGUCCGAAACUUUAUGAAGCGAAUAUAUCAGAGCUAAUUUAGGACAGCUAUUUAGCUAAGCCAUAUUGUGUUGUAUUUCGUUGUAAAAUGCAUGAAUGUUGA